UGCGUUUCUUCAGGGAUUUCCAAUUGUUAUGUUUGUCACACAGAAGGCGCCUUGUUUUCCUGCAAACCUGUGCGAUACCUGAGCAGGUGCUCACUGGGCCAAAGAAAAACAAAAAGCCUGACAGGACUGCGCCGGAGGGUUUUGUUUUCAUUGUCAUCCGUCAGAAUCAACGUGCUCUUUAAACAACAAAAAUAUAAAUAUAAAAUGCAUGCAAUACUUUUUAAAGACAGGGUAGGAAAGGGAAAAAGAAGGCUGUGCACAAAGUGCAUAUAAAGAUGGACAUCGUACAAUGUGCAAAAAAUAAAAGCAGAUUGCGAUGAAAAGGAAAAAAAACCCAUACUCUAUGAACAAACAUGAAACUUGCAUGCUGUGGUCCUCUGCCUCCAGCAGUACAGUACAAACACACGUUAUACCAUGGUACACCGGCAUCUUUUUUAUGGUGCAGUUCAAAUGGGGCCUGUUGCUCAUCCAUGUUUGCGUUAUCUACAGUGUCAACAAGAUGAAGCGUCACCCUAACAUGACCGCUAAUUCUGGAGUUGUGUAUGGGGAUGUCCCUGUUACUCUUUUUUUUGCCAAAAGUAAUUAGUGAAACCAUGAUACCAUGAUUUUUUUAUGAUGUAUUUCAGAACAUCACCUCUCUCUUCAGGUUUCACUUCUAUUGAAAUCAAGACUCUCUCUGUGUGGGCAUCAGCUGGUUCUGAUGUAAUAAGCUGGCAUGUCACUUUAUCAGCAUUUUUGUCAAUUUUCUGAAUCAAAUUUAUUGCCAUGGUCAGUGGGGAUCCCACCAACUAGGAAAGCGCUUUGGAUUAAAGUGCUGUCAAUAAAAUAAAAUGACCGACAAACAACAAAGACUGAUCCUUAGAAAAGAAGUCACUCCUUUGAUUAUAACUCUGCUAUAUGUCCGUGCUCUUUCUGCAGUCUUGUUUCCGCGUUGAACGACAGGAGGAUCGCCUUGUUCAUUCACUGCCAUAUUCAAAAGUUGACCGUGUGUUCUUAUGGACUUGUACGAUUCCAAAUCAUCAUUGGUUUUUGGAAUAUCUCCAACAGGCAGCUGUCACUACUGUUGUGACUCAGAACGUUGCCUGUGCAUCUGCUCCUGUUGUUCAUGGCGAGGACCGAAUUCUUCCCAGUGAUGAGAUUUGGUUUUGUGAUUUGCACAGUGGCGUUUGGGAGUGCAGGGAAGUGGGUGGAGACAUCCCCUCUGACCUGUCCUGCUUCUGUAGUGCUCUGGUGAAUGGAACUCUCUACAUCUUUGCUGGAUGCGAUCAGGAAGGUUACACCAAUGAAAUGUACAGCAUGGACAUCACAGACGUGUGCUGCUCCUGGAGGAAAGUGACAGACACAAAGGGACCGACCCCGUCGCCUCGAUGUCAACACACCAGUUGGGUUCAUCGAGACCGAAUCAUUUACUUUGGCGGAUAUGGAUGUAAAACCUUAGGUGAAGCAAGAAACGCCACGUCAGCAAACUUUGUUGUCGAGGAAAUGUCUUGGACGACAAUAGGAAACACAUUAUUCCGGUGUUGGGGCUGGAACAAUGAAGUCAAUGUGUUCGACACGCUCUCGGCUACAUGGAGCACGCCAGAAACUCAGGGUCCUGCCCCGUCCCCCAGAGGCCACCAUGCCAGCGCCGUCUUGGGAAACAGAGGCUACAUCUCUGGUGGAGCGGAAUCUACAGACUUGUGUCUCUUCAGCAUCGACCUUGACACGUGGACAUGGACACAGUUUGAUGUUCCUUCCCCAAGUGCUCCUCCGGGUCGUUCAAUGCACACAAUGACCCCAAUUUCUGAUCACGCGCUGUUUGUGUAUGGAGGGCUGAGCACAAACGGAAACACACUCAGCGAUGGCUGGCUUUUUGACACCACCAGGAGAGAGUGGACCAAAUGGUGUCAUCUGGACAAACCAAGGGUGAGUCAUAGUGCUUGUCGAGGAAAUGACAACGACAUCGUCAUAUUCGGCGGAAGCAGCAAGUUUUGCAUCCUCAUGGACUCGGUGGCAAUCCUCAGAGCUCCAUCGCCUCAUCAUUGUAGUGACGUGUUCAUCAUCCAGACGCAGCCCUACUCCCUUUUCAGGUUGUGUGAAGAUUUUAUUGGACGUAACUCCGCCCUGUUGGCGGAGCAGCUGAAGUGUCUCCCGUUGAAGCUGCGGAGCAAAAUUGACAAGCGCGUGGCUUUUUACUCCACAGUGACCACUAAUGGCUCAUCAUGGAACACCAAUUUUUAAAACGUUCGAGCUCCGUUUUGUAUCUUGUGCUUGUAAAUGGUAUUUAAAAGACAAACUCAAAGGUGCUUUUAAGUCGCAAGAAUAAAGUUCUCAUUUUAACUGGAGCAGGAUGAAAUUUCAUGCUUUUCUGGUUUAUGGAAUAAAGUGCCUUAUUUCACUGAUCAUGACUUUUUUAGUCUAAAUACUGAGGAGAAAUGCAAUGAAAUCCCUUCGGUUUUGACUUCAUACUACCAAAAAAAAAAUGAAACUCAGUAAUUGUAUGAAACGUUUAUUUGACUGAUCAGUCAUUCCCGUGAAAUCCUUGUAAGUGGGAGCAAAUGGGCUCAUACGGGUCG